AUUUAUAUUGCUUGCUUGCUUAAUUUGGUAGACCUACUUUAUUCAUACCAAUCAGCAUACAAAUCUCUUUUCAUUUUCACUUUCACUUUCUUAUUAUUUGUAAGCCGUGCACUCACUCAGAUACACACAAGCUUAAAAAAACAAACACAAGAAGCAGAAGAAUAUAAAAUAAUAAUAUUAUAUACGAUAUAGAUAUAUUCAUUUACUUAUUUAUUUAUAUAAAAACGACAACAACAAAAACAAUUCACAAAGCUUAAUGUCCGAAACACAUAAUGAUGCAAAACGAUCCAACAGUCGUACGAGUUCAACUUUACCUGAUGCCCAUCACCAAGUCAAUGUAAUGGCAUUGCAAAUCAAGUCACUCGAACAGAGAACCCAUGCUGUUACUGUUCCUCGUAAUGCUUCGGUUCUUCAUCUUAAAAGUGAGAUUGAAACAGUCUUUGCAGUAGACACCGGAAGACAACGACUCAUAUUCCAAGGAAAGGUCCUCAAGGACGAUAAGCAGUUGGCUGACUAUGCCAAUCUCGAUGACGGAAAAGUCAUCCAUCUUGUAGUUCGCCCGGUUGAUGCACCUCAGAAUCCAAUGAAUGACGAACCUCGUUCUCAAAGUUCUCGACGUGCAUUCAGUAGAGGACUUCCACGUAAUUUACCACCACUCUCCAGUAGAUUUCCAAUGAUGGAAGGCUAUACACUCAUUACUGUAGAUACCAGUAUGGGUGAUAUGAGCGAAGCUAGUUCGUUGAUUAGUUCUGUAAUGAGUGGAAUUUCUGGAAUAGGGCCCGGAUAUACCGGUCGAUCUCGUCCAACUACUACAAAUACUGCAACUGGGGGAGGAGCAAAUACUACAGGAGGUGAUCAUGCUGGUAAUCGAGCUUCGGCGGAAUCGCGCUCAGGAAUAUCCAGUCUCAAUCGCUGGCCAUUUGCCUUUUCCCUCGGUCAGAAUCCAUCUGAUUUGCCACCAGCUUCGAUUGCCGGUGCAUUUGAAUCCAGAACCCCAGCAGGAAUACCUUUUCCCUCUUCGGUAGAAGUUCGGCUAGUGAGAACCAUGAAUUCGAUCCGAAAUGUCCGGGAAAUGCUCGAAGCACCUCUCUCAGAAGAAGUACCUGUAAACCCAGUCAUUUCAAACUCGUCUCAUGAGCAGACGCAGCAUAUUCGAUCCAGGCUUCAAUCAGGUGGUAAUCGUCAAGCAGCACAAGUUGGCGUAGUGGUGCGCGAACUUGCUGAAUUGAUGGAACUCGCCGUACCCCAACUGAAUAGUAUGGCUGACGCGUUACAAGAAGAGGGCGAGGAAGACAAUACAGAAGCAAACGAACGACAAUUUACAAUUUACCAACGCACACUGCGUACUGCACGAAUUGUCCAAGGCAUGAGCAUGAUCCACCACUUGAUUGGGUCUGUACUUGGGAAUGCUGAUAUUGACGCCCAAAGUCCACAGGAGGCAGCUGUUCCUGAAGUUUCCACGGCCUUUUCACUUUCACCGACCACAGAAAAACCCUCUUCUGCUUCGCAUGUUCGAAAAAUGAAGCGUAAAUUUGAAACUGAUGGGGUAGUAUCUUCAAAAAAGCACAAGGAAGAAGAAGACGAGGCAACAUCAGAAGAAGAGAAGGGCAAGGGCAAAGAAAAGACAGACUAGACCACUUCUCUCUUUCUUCCUUUUUUGGUUUUUGUUUUAAAAAAAAUGAAAAAAAAACAAACAAACAAACGCACCAACGCACCCACAAUCACACAAAUCACAUGCAGACGCAAUCACAGAAUCGCAGAAUCACACAAACGCAUACAUACACUCACACUCAAUCAAUCAAUCAAUCAAUCAAUCAAAUCCAUAUAUUCACGCACUCCCCUCUUUCAACUUAUCUUACAUGAUGCCAUGAAUUAUUGCAAAUAGCUUCUCUAUCUUUUGUCUUCUUUUUGUUAUUUUUAUUGAUCUUAACUAUACAUCUUUAUCAUCAUAAAACAUAACUAAUGUCCAUG